AGAGAGAGAGAGAGAGAGAGAGAGAGAGAGAGUCCAAAAGAAGAAGAAGAAAGCAGCAGGGGAAGCAGGGGGGCGGGGGGCAGGAAACGAGAGAGAAGGUAGGUAGGUGGUCGAGCGAGCAAGAUGCAGGCCACCCGUCUCCUACUGGAAGAGCCGGUGAGGUUAUCAACGAUCUUGACGAAGACGGUCGAAGACCCGGCAACGGCACAUGUCCAAGCGUUGACCAAGAUUAUUGGGACACUGGGACCGGAGUCGAGAGAUGUGGAGACGAUAGAGAACCUACUGCGCGCGGGAAUGACUGUGGCGCGCUUUGAUUUCUCAUGGGGAACGGAGGAAUAUCAUCAGGAAACUCUGGAAAAUCUGAAAAAGGCGAUCAGGAAGACCAAACGCUUGUGCGCUGUGAUGCUGGACACCAUCGGCGCAGAGUUGCAAAUCAGGAAUCGCUCGGAGAAGCCAAUAGCAUUGAGAGCGGGAGAGAAGGUGGUGUUAACUACCGAGAGACCAGGCGUGGAAGCAACGGCAGAGGUGCUGCCAAUCAACUCAGCCAACUUCUCUAAGACGAUGAAUGUCGGCGACACAAUAUUUCUAGGGCAAUACCUCUUCACGGGCAGCGAGACGACCUCGGUGUGGUUGACCGUGGACAAGGUGGCGGAUGACGAAGUCGUGUGCAUCCCGAAGAACUCGGCCACGUUGACAGGGGCAUUGUUCACCGUCCACGCGGCGAAGGCGCAGAUGGCGAUCCCGACUCUGACCGAGAGGGAUCUGCAAAUCUUGGGCACGUGGGGCCGCCGCAAUGCCGUCGAUUUCAUCUCUCUCUCCUAUACUCGCUCGGCCGACGAUGUGCGUGAAUGCAAAGCCCAGCUGGAGAAGAUGGGAGAGCUGAGGCAGACACAAGUCUUUGCGAAGAUCGAGACUGUUCAAGGCCUCCUGAACUUCGACGAGAUCUUGAAAGUCUCCGAUGGCAUCGUCUUGUCGAGGGGUAAUUUGGGAAUUGACAUCCCGCCCGAGAAGGUCUUCCUGUUCCAGAAAAUGGCGCUGUACAAGUGCAAUAUGGCGGGAAAACCGGCGGUGGUGACGCGUGUCGUCGAUACGAUGACGGAGACCCCGCGGCCCACCCGAGCGGAGGCUACUGAUGUGGCGAACGCAGUGUUGGACGGUGCUGAUGCGAUCAUGCUUGGGGCCGAAACUCUCCGGGGUCGUUAUCCUGUCAUCACGGUCAAGACAGUCCGUCGCAUAGCGGGCGAAGCGGAGAGGGUAUUCAAUCAAGAAGAGCACUUCAAGAAAGCGGUCAAGUACGUAGGAGACCCUAUGACGCAGCUGGAGGCCAUAGCUUCGUCUGCGGUGAGGUCGGCCAUGAAGGUGGGUGCAUGUGUGAUCAUCGUGUUCUCCUCCUCCGGCCGCGCCGCCAGGCUCAUCGCCAAGUACCGGCCGUCCAUGCCUGUCCUUGUUGUUGUCAUCCCAAAACUGUCCACGAGCAACCUCCGCUGGACCUUCACUGGCGCAUUCCAGGCCCGGCAGUGCCUCAUCAUGCGUGGCCUCUUUCCCAUGCUUGCAGAUCCCCGCCACCCGGCGGAAAAUGUCAGCAGCACAAACGAAUCUAUCCUGAAAGUCGCACUAGAUUACGGCAAGGCAGCUCAUAUCAUCAAGACAAGGGAUAGAGUCGUCGUCUGCCAGAAGCUCGGCGAUUCCUGUGUGGUCAAAAUCAUUGAGCUUGAUUGAUAGAAUCUGUCUGUGUUUGUAUGUGUGUGUUUGUGUUGUCAUGUUGGCUAUGGACAACUGCACAAAAAAAAGCACUUCUGUGUGUGUGUGUGUGUGUGUGUGUGUGUGUGUGUGUGUGUGUGUGUGUGUGUGUGUGUGUGUGUGUGUGUGUUUUGGUCUAGCUUGGUGAGCUGAGCUUGAUAAGGUAGUAUAUAUAUAUGUAUUUGUAGGUAGGUUUUUGCUGGGGUAAGGGGCGCAGGUGUGGGCUGGGGGGUUGAAGAGAGAGAUAGGUUUCAUACUGAAGAGCGCAUAUUUACUCACACCGCUACAAACAUGGGACUCUCCUGCUGGAUGUAUCUGACCAUCGUUACGGCCAGUCGUGUGCAUGUAUGUCACCGCGACUGUGAGUCCAGGAAUCAUCCGUUGAGGAAAAAAACUAGUAUAACAGUGGCCGAUGUAUUUUGCCACCAUCUUUGUGAAGAUGCAUUCACCAUUCCUCACGUUCGUUUGGUUGGUUAGAGUUGUCCAGUGUUGCUUGACCGAGGGAGGCCCCAAGGAACUCGUCUCUUUUUCCUUUUUUGGAACUCAGCUCUUUUUUUGCGGCGCCCUUAUUACUCUUCUUUGCGGCGCCCUUAUUACUCUUCUUUGUUGCUGUGUCUAUUGGACUCCUAUUUCUUCCCAUGUUUUCCAACUGCCUUGCUGCCACGGCCUUGUGGCGAUCGUUGUCGUAGACACACUGUUAGUCCUUCAUGCCCAUCGUUUUUGGUGGGGGGGAGGGGGGGGAUUGUUGUGGGGGUAAGCUAAAAUAAGAUAUGGGCCAGAUUUCGCUCUGCGGUUGUCGUCCGCAGUGUCGGAGUGAAAGUCGAUCGCGAUCUUUCCCCCCGAACCUCUUGUCCUCAUUACCCCCUUUUUUCAGGGGGGUGCAUUCUGGUGAUGCCACUUGUGCAGUCUGGAUGUAUUGGGAUGACUCUUUUGCCGUCUUCCCUGUUUUUCUUUAUGCCCUCCUGGCUGCGUUUGGUUGGUUGGAUCUGAAGUUUUCAGUAUUGUUUUGGCUUCGCUAGAGGUUUUCAGUAGUGAUAGAGUUUUAUGCGUUUUGGAAGUGGACGGUAAGAGGGGUUGGGCUCGAUCCGUUGACCUAACUGGACCCCUCCUGGGUUUUGUGUGUUUAGUCGGAGGGCUUUUUUCUCUGUUUGCUAUCGGAUCUUGCUGACAUAGGGGGGCUUUAGUAGAGUAGGUUGUUCUGCUUCUGCUUCCACUUCCAAGUACUGUCCGAUUGCAGUUCUUCUUUACGGUACCGUGUUUUCUCUACUAUCAGCCUGUGGUCGUUCGUUGAUUCGAUUUGGUUUGUUGGUCGCGAGGGAAGAGCUAACACUCGUGGUCACACUGUUCGACUCGUUGGAAGACGAAUGCAUCAUCGUAUGAUUCGGUUCGAAGAGGAGUACCGUGUUUUCUCUACUAUCAGCCUGUGGUCAUUCGCUGAUUCGAUUUGGUUCGUUGGUCGUGAGGGAAGAGCUAACGCUCGUGGUCACAGCGUUCGACUCGUUGGAAGACGAAUGCAUCAUCGUACGAUUGGUUGGAAGCGGAGAGUGUUGUGGAAUGGUUGUUUGAAGAGGAGUGCAUUGUCGAAUGGUUGUUCGAGGAAGAAUGCGUGGAGAAGACCAAAGGCCAAUGCGUCCUCACCAUUGGAUUGUGUCAUCGUAUGGUUGGAGGACAAGUGUAAGGAAGGAGAGAUGCCUUCUGGAUGAAUUACAGUCUGAACUUGGAAGAGGGGUGCGUCCACGUGGGUGGCGCACUGUGGAAUGUAUGUUGCUGUCUGCUUCAAAAUGAUAUUUGCUGCUACCACAACGUUGGCUGUACCUUGUUUUGACUUAAUGCGAGAGAGAGAGAGAGAGAGAGAGAGAGAGAGAG